AUGCGAGAGCGUAAAUUGUUCGCGAACCUCAAGAAGCGUACACUCGCAGCGAACGAAAUACCACUUCUUGGCUGCAUCGUGGGUAAAAACGGUGUACGCCCUGAUCCGGAAAAGAUCAAGGCAAUUGACGACUGGCCUGUGCCAGUCGACGUCAAGGGACUUCGAAAUUUCCUUGGCUUGGCGGCGUGCUUGCACAAGUACUCGCGCAACUAUGCCGAGAUGACCUUACACCUCUCUCGUAUACUAAAGGAAAACGAUAGGUGGUCAUGGAGUGCUGAGUGUCAGCACUCUUUUGAAGGCAUCGAGAAAAGCUUGGUGCAAUCGCCUGUGUUGGCGAUUGCGGAUCAGGCCAGACCAUUCCAUGUGGUCUGUGAUGCCAGCGAUUUUGCAAUCGGCUGCGCGUUAAUGCAGUACGACUCAGACGGCGUAGUGCGCGUCGUCUGUUAUCAAUCGCGUCAGCUGCAAGCAGCUGAGCGUAAUUACCCGGUACAUGACAAGGAACUUCUUGCCAUGAAAUAUGCACUGGCUAAGUUUCGUUUAUAUCUCUUAGGAGAUAGACUUUUCAUCGUUUAUACCGACCACGCGUCGUUACGCACGGCCGUAAAAUAG